GAGAAAUGGGAAACAGUGCACAGCUGUGUGUUCAGUUCCGUGGCUACUUGACGCUAAGCUAAAACGUUGAAAAUAUAAGCCGACGCCGAGUGGGGAAAAACACGUCUCGACAGCAAGUUUAGGACUUUCAGUAAACUAUGGGGAAAGGCGGAGGCACAUUUGAGAGACUUUUGGAUAAGGCCACCAGUCAGCUGCUCCUUGAGACGGACUGGGAAUCCAUCCUGCAAAUCUGUGAUCUCAUCCGACAAGGAGACACCCAGGCUAAAUAUGCAAUUGGUGCUAUAAAGAAGAAGCUGAAUGACAAAAAUCCACACGUUGCCCUCUAUGCACUUGAGGUACUUGAGUCUGUGGUUAAGAACUGUGGGCAGACAGUACAUGAUGAGGUGGCGAGUAAACAAACCAUGGAAGAGCUGAAGGAGUUAAUCAAGACGCAGACAGAACCAAAUGUCCGAAACAAAAUCCUUUACUUGAUCCAAGCCUGGGCCCAAGCGUUCCGCAACGAGCCCAAGUACAAAGUGGUACAAGACACCUAUCAGAUCAUGAAAGUGGAAGGUCACGUGUUCCCCGAGUUCAAGGAGAGUGAUGCUAUGUUUGCAGCAGAACGAGCCCCAGACUGGGUUGAUGCUGAGGAAUGCCACCGGUGCAGAGUCCAGUUUGGAGUGAUGACUAGAAAGCACCAUUGUCGAGCCUGCGGGCAAAUCUUCUGCGGCAAGUGUUCGUCCAAGUACUCCACCAUUCCUAAAUUUGGGAUAGAGAAAGAGGUCCGCGUUUGCGAGCCCUGCUUUGAGCUGUUGAACAACCACCCUUCCCUAUCUCCUCCGCUUAGGAAAGCCGAGGGAAAACCAACGUCCACUAGUGCUGCAGAGCUGCCACCGGAGUAUCUCACCAGCCCGCUUUCACAGCAGUCACAAAUGCCCCCGAAAAGAGAUGAGGCAGCCCUGCAGGAGGAGGAAGAGCUGCAACUGGCCAUCGCCCUGUCUCAAAGUGAGGCAGAGGAGAAAGAGCGAAUGAGGCAGAAAAACUCGUACACCGUCUAUCCAAAGGCCGACCCCGUCCCAGUCACCUCCUCGGCACCUCCGGUCAGCACCCUCUACACGUCCCCUGUGAAUUCCUCUGCUCCGUCUGCUGAAGAAGUUGACCCUGAGCUGGCUCGUUACCUGAACAGAACGUACUGGGAGAAGAAGCAGGAAGAGGCCCGCAAGAGUCCCACCCCCUCGGCGCCGGCCCCCGUGCCAUUGGCCGAACCCCUGCCACCAAUCAGUCAGCCCGUGGAAGCUCACGUCCCCUUGCAGCCUGUCAACAUAGUGGAGCAGCAGUACCAGAAUGGUGAGUCGGAGGAAAACCACGAGCAGUUCCUUAAGGCCCUCCAGAAUGCCGUCACCACUUUCUUGAACCGCAUGAAAAGCAACCACAUGCGAGGGCGCAGCAUCACCAACGACAGUGCCGUCCUGUCCCUCUUCCAGUCUAUCAAUAACAUGCACCCGCAGCUCCUGGACAUCCUCAAUCAGCUGGAUGAGAAGCGACUGUACUACGAGGGGCUCCAGGACAAGUUGGCUCAAGUGCGAGAUGCCCGCGCAGCACUCAACGCCCUUCGGGACGAACAUAGGGAGAAACUGCGCCGCGCUGCCGAAGAGGCUGAGAGGCAGAGGCAGAUCCAGCUAGCGCAGAAACUGGAGAUCAUGCGGCAAAAGAAGCAGGAAUACUUGGAGAUGCAACGGCAGCUGGCCAUCCAGCGCUUGCAAGAGCAAGAGAAGGAGCGGCAAAUGCGUCUGGAGCAGCAGAAGCACACUGUCCAGAUGAGAGCCCAGAUGCCCGCUUUCUCUCUGCCCUAUGCUCAGAUGCAGUCGUUGCCCCCCAAUGUAGCCGGUGGGGUGGUGUACCAGCCUGGCGCACCCCCAAGCUAUCCUGGCACCUUUAGUCCGGCCAAUUCAGUGGAGGGUUCUCCUAUGCACAACAUCUACAUGAACCAGCCGGGCCAGGGUCCACCGCCUCAGUACCAGGCCAUGCCUGCUGCCGCCACAGAUCCCAAUAUGGUAAACACAUACAUGUAUCAACCUGCUGCCACCAAUGGACAAAAUGCUCCCCCUUCUGGUCAGGCCCCGCCCACAUCCAGUACUCCCUACUCCAACUACCAGCCCACACCCACGCAAGGCUAUCAGAACGCGGCAUCGCAGGCCCAGAGCCUACCCCCCAUGACCCAGGCUGCCCCAACCAACGGCAUGGGGUACAUGGGCUAUCCUGCCUACAACAUGCAGAACAUGAUAUCAACUCUUCCGGGGCAGGACCCUAACAUGGCCGUCCAACAGCAAUACAUGCCCGGCCAGCAGCCCAUGUACCAACAGGUGGCGCCCCCUGGUGGUCCGCAGCAGCCGGCUCAGCCACCCCCACAGCAGCCGCCACCGCAUCAGCAGCACCACCCCCCUGCCCAGGUGGUCCCGGGCAGUGCGGAGGCACAACUCAUCUCUUUUGACUGAAAGCUGCUGCUUGCUUGCUUUCUCUAAUCAGGCCUCACACACUACUACUCCCCCACUUUUGAUCAUUCACACCUCCACUGUCAUGUCGUGGCAAUGUGAAAUCUUGUGAUGAUCUCUUUACAUUAGUGUGGGUGAAAAAAUGGGGUGAGCUAACCCUCAUCCCAUUACCUGUUCCUUGUAUUUCCUCCUUCACAAGUAGUCUCUUAACAAUGAAAUAAGAAAAUACUAAUUACAGGGAAAGAAACACAUGGCAAAAAAGCAUGUUGAUUUUAAUUGUAUUCCAAAGUGGACCCUGUCUGAACACUUUAUUUUUUGACUGAGAGGUGUUUGAAAGACACGUGUGUGUCUUUAAGGAAGGGAGGGGCUUGGAAUGAACAGCACUAACACAUCUUCAGGAUCACAGCUUAACAUUCCGCUUGUCUGUUCCAAAAUUGUCAUUGUUAUUUUGGCUUUUCUUCGUCGUAGUGUGUUUUCAAUAUUUAAAAAUAGUUAUGGAUUCAUGGUUGAACCACUGAAGCUAUACAGAGAAUACAAAUCAUUUAUUUAAAUCAUGAAAUAGGGCCUCUUAAACUGUAAUUAUUUGUUAGUGUGCCUGUCUUUGCACAUGUAUGCUAAAUGUGCACAAGGAUGAGUGGAACUGCUUUUGGCUGCAUGUAAUCCAUUGCUUUUAACUGAUCUUUACGCCAUCAUACCCAUCUGUCGGGCUCGCAAGUCAUUUUAAAUUUAUAUUUAAUAAAUAUCUGAUUCUUAUUGUC